CAUAACUCCGGGUCACGUGAUUGGGUCGAGCAUCUUUUUUUGGUCCAUUUUGGAUGAUAGCAGGAGCUCCGUGUAACCCAAGAAAAUGACCAAGCUGCAGUUUUUAAACGUCUUUUUGACUGAGCGUCUCAUGCUUGCUGCGCAGGAGAUCUACAAAUCUGUCGAGGACACGAUUUUGGAGUACCAGGAGGAGAUAGCGAUCAGGGAGCGGGAGAACGACCAUUUGAGACGCAGGCUGCGAGACGCUGGGAUUGAAAUAUGGCCAGAUCGUCCGUCCAUGGCGCUGUUAGAUGAGGAGGAUGGUGAACAUCCACGGCGUGAGUGGAGUCCCAGCAUGGGGCAUGAGGAGCGCAUCCCUAUUCAGAUUAAGGAUAAAAGAGAUCUCCGGGCCAAUCAAGGAGAUGAUCAGCUUCGCGGCCAUGGCUCCUGCAGCACACCGGAGAACAUGUUUACUCCCCCGCGAGUUGGCAAUGAAUAUCCCCAGGAUGGCCCCCAUACCUCCAACCUCCCUCAGAGUCAAGGUGUGGAGAACAGGGAGAGGGAUCCAGCAUCUCGAGGCUCAUCAAGGCAUGUGAAGGUAGAGAGUGGAGGGGGCCACAGAGGUUCCACGUCCUCCAACAGUGGUGCCCAGCCACUCGCACCAGUCAACCCAAACUGCUCAAAUGAGAAUAACAUUGAUAUUAUUGGGGUGGAGAAUGGAGGACAGAUGGUUGGUGCUAAGGGAAAUGUAACUGGAGCUAACAGAGGACAAACCUCUCACAUGCGCAACCAAGCCGCCAAUGCAGUGGACUGCCCGCAUCAAAAAUCCCCCCUACAAGGUCACAUGUCUUCCUUUUGCUGCAAAGUUUGUGGUGAGGCGUUCAGUCACAUUGGCCACCUGCAUGUGCAUGUACAAGUGCACACUCGAGAAAAACCUUACCGCUGUGGAGUAUGCGGAAAAUGCUGCAGCUCAUCUGGCAGAUUGCAGGAGCACCAGCGAAGCCACACAGGAGAAAAACCAUUUCGCUGCCAGAUUUGUGGAAAGGGCUUCACACAGAUGGCUCACUUGAAGGUACACAUGAGGAUCCAUACUGGGGAGAAGCCAUACAGUUGCCCUGUGUGUGGCAAAUGCUUCAGCCGUUCUGACAAAAUCAAAAGGCAUCUUCAGACCCAUAGCCGUGAGGGAACAUAUUUCUCAGGGCAAUGAUGAAGGUCUUGUUGUUAAACAACCGAGUUUGUGAAUCAUGUUGAUGAGGGAUACUUUCCUAUAAAAAGCUAAAAUCGCUGCCAUUAAAACAAGGCUUUUUAUCUUCCUACUUUCCAAGAAAUAGGGAUUCUGCGACUCAUAGAGAAAGUUUCUUAUCUAACCUAACACUUCUCCAAACCAUAGUCCCUCAAUAGAAUUUGUAUUAGCCAGUUUAGUAUGCCAUUUACUUAAUUUUGUACUUGUCACUGAGUAUUUAAAUCUCUAAGACACAAUUUGAGUUAUUAGCUAGCCUUUCUGAAUUAUCUAGCCUUCCUUAGUCAUAUAAUUAGCAUGAUAAAGUCUUCCACACAUGCCUUGAAACUGAGAUGCAUUAAGAAAUGCAACAAUGUUCAACACGGUCACAGCUUAUUAUGAACCAAUCACUUCAUAUCCAUCAGUUCACACUUGAGUUUAAACUCUGCAGACUUGACAACUAUCAUUGUGGUCAUUAUUUUCUGGACCUAAAUUUAAGAGUCAGUGCAUGAAAUGAUCUCCAUUUUCUUAAUUAACUAGAGAAUUGAUGGCCUGACAAAUGAAGCCUGUGUGUCAUCCGGCUCAGUCUAACACUGCCAGUAGUUUUUUUGUAAUUGUAGCAUCUAAACGAUUACACAAAAUUUGGGAGAACAAAUUUUUCGGGAGGACAAGACUGACUUACACGGAGAAGUCUGACCUCUCACUUAUCUCCAUUUUAGUCUUUAUUUUCUUUUUUCUUCUUAGUGCUGUUACGUUGUUGCAGAGCUAAAUACUGCCAUCUCACAUCGUCAGUGCUUCAUGUUGUCCAUUGAAAUAUGGAUCAAUCUAUUGUGAGACAGCUCCACUAUUUUGUGAAAUAAUGUGAUAUUCUGUAAAAUACCACUAGUCUUGAUCUUGACCAUGCAUUUUGGAAGUUUGUGGUGUCUUUUUUUUUUUUUUAAUGACAUGCACUAUGGCAUCUGUCUAAGACGGUGCAGGAAUUCACUCUACAACAGGGCCAUACAGUAUUACCUAAACCUAUCUGUGCUUUUUCACUGGUCGCAGUCUGCAAAGAUUUAUGUUCACCUGUGUUUCCACCACAAUGCCACAUGUGAGGCAUUUUUGGAGUGACCUCAGUUGUGGUUGGUUGUGGUGUUUGGUUUAUAAAGGAAUCAGGUACUUCCUCUGCCCAUCUUGGACUGAUCCCCAGAACAAUAGACCCAACCAGUCACAUUUCUCCUCUCAGGACUAAUGCUGCAUUCAUUCAUAACAAGAGGGCAUACCAGAAAUACUAAUAUCUGACUUGAAACGGUUUCUAUAAAAGUCAGAAACUCAGGGUUUGUGAGUUUUCUCAUGUUUUUUGUCCCUGCUGUUGCAGAAAUAAAGAUGACAAUAACCAUUAAAAACAAAAAGAUAAUAAUUUGCUUCUGAAUGUCCUGAAAGAAGAUAAACUAAAUGGAAUAGAUGCCUUCAGAGUGUGUCAGAGCUUAGUUGUUGCUCUGGGAUGCAGAGCCUCCAUGUGUGAUGAAUGCAGCAUGAAAAAACUACAACACGUCCUCACAGCUGACCAGCAGCCCUUCACUCACAGUCUUCUCUGGGACACACUUUCUCCCCCCUGCACACACUCUAAUGUACAGUGGUAUAUCAUUGCGUAUUAAAUGUUAUUUUUUAAUAAAGUAGUAAUUGAGUA